CCAACCGACAGCCAACCUCAUCCUCCUCAUCUCAACCCCCCGCAUCGCUCGCCCAUCAUGUCAAGCGGCGGGUUCAGGUUCCUCAACCUGGUGCGACCCUUCAUGUCGGUCCUCCCAGAGGUCGCUGCGCCAGAGAGGAAGGUUCCCUUUCAGCAGCGCAUGGCAUGGACCGCCAUUGUCCUCGCCAUUUUCCUCGUCUCCUCCCAGAUCCCCCUCUACGGUAUCAUGUCCUCGGACUCGUCUGACCCGCUCUUCUGGAUGCGUGUCAUCCUUGCGUCUAACCGUGGUACGCUCAUGGAGCUCGGUAUUUCGCCCAUCAUUACCUCGGGCAUGAUCAUGCAGCUGCUCGCGGGCGCGAAUCUCAUUGAUGUCGACUUCAACUUGAAGGAGGACAGGGCACUCUUCGGUGGAGCGCAGAAGCUAUUCGCCCUCAUCAUCGCCCUUGGUCAGGCAACCGUCUACGUCAUGACCGGCCUGUACGGCCAACCCUCAGACCUGGGCGCGGGCGUCUGCCUCUUGCUCGUCCUUCAGCUCGUCGUUGCCGGCCUGAUCGUCAUUCUCCUCGACGAGCUCCUCCAAAAGGGCUACGGGUUGGGUUCGGGUAUCUCCCUCUUCAUCGCAACCAACAUCUGCGAGUCCAUCGUCUGGAAGGCCUUCUCCCCGACUACGAUCAACACCGGUCGAGGCCCCGAAUUCGAAGGCGCUCUGGUUGCCCUUUUCCACCUCUUGUUCACGUGGAACGACAAGACUCGUGCGCUCAAGGAGGCCUUCUACCGCGAUCGCCUGCCCAACGUCAUGAAUCUGCUCGCCACGCUCGUAGUCUUCCUCGUCGUCAUCUACCUGCAAGGAUUCCGCAUCGAGAUCCCCGUCAAGUCGAACCGAUUCAGAGGCCAACGUGGUACCUACCCUGUCAAGCUCUUCUACACGUCCAACAUGCCCAUCAUGCUCGAGAGCGCUUUGACCAGCAACGUCUUCAUCAUCAGCCAGAUGUUGGCUUCGCGCUUCCCCUCUAACCUGCUUGUCAAGCUACUCGGUGUUUGGGAGCCGAUGGAGGACAGCCCGCAGUUGCACGCCGUUUCAGGCAUUGCCUACUAUAUGUCCCCACCCCGCGCCUGGCGCGAAGUUGUAGGCGACCCGAUCCACACGGCCAUCUACAUCGCCUUCACGCUCACGGUUUGCGCCCUCUUCUCCAAGACCUGGAUUGAAGUCUCAGGCUCUGGUCCGCGCGAAGUCGCCAAGCAACUCAAGGACAACGGAAUGGUCAUGGCUGGUCACCGCGAAGCGUCUAUGUACAAGGAGCUCAAGCGUGUUAUCCCCACCGCAGCCGCCUUUGGUGGGGCCACGAUUGGUGCCCUCUCUGUGGCGGCAGAGCUGAUGGGUGCGCUGGGCAGCGGUACCAGUGUGCUGUUGGCUGUCACCAUCACCUACAGCUACUUUGAGCAGUUCGCCAAGGAGCAGAUGGGUGGCAUGGCGGGAAUGAUGGGCGACAUGAUUGAUUAAGGAUGGCGGCAAGGCGAUCAGAUUGGAGUGGAGGUGAGUAAGAGAUUCAAGGGAGGAAAGGCGGCGGCGAUGCUGUGAAGGGGCGGCGAAGGAAUAGAGAAGGGGAAGAGGAGCCGGUAGGGAGGGAGGGAAUCUGGCGGGCCGAGCAGGCGAAACGCAAAUCGACAGUGGGAUUUGUAGCUGCUGGGCUUCCAAAAUUGGUUCAGCUCAUCGCAGCAUGGGCCAGCAGUCUGUGAGGAUGAGCAGCACAGGGCCAAG